AUAUAUACUGUUUAUACGACAGGCUGUGAAACGCCGAUAGACUUAGCUUGAGGAAUAUUGCCGACGACAUCGUGUGGGCACAACAUGUUUUAUCGACUUUUGUUAAUAUUGGUAAUUUUAGUUUUAUCCGAAGCAAGGAUAUGCAAAAGUCCUAAGACAGACAAUUCAAAACGUUGUAAAAAAUCAAUUGAAUCGGGGAUGGAUUUCCUAGAUACGAGAGAAUGUUCGAAUAACAAAGAAUGCUGUGAAUGGGACGGAAAAUGCUAUUUUGAAAUUAUUGCUAAGGAGAAAUUAUCUGGAAUUGACAAGGGUAAAAGUAUUGAAGACAAGUUUCUGAAAAAAGCUAAAGCAGAAACAGAGGACAGUGAUAUAUCAUCCAGAAGGUUUCUGACCAUGGGUGGGCCGUGUAUUCAACCUGCUUCCUCGCCGACACCGAUAUUCCCCAAUGGCUGUGAAGUUACGAGAGCAACACCCUACGUUACAGAUCCUCCAGUUGAUGUUCCAUAUUGUGUACGAAUUCCUUGCGAGUCUGGCAACAAUGAAUUGGAAAAAGAUGCAUUUGCUUGCCUCAGUAGACCAGGAUGCUACUUCGAUCAAGAGUUGUUCGAAUCCAGGAAAUACAUGGGCCAACAAAUGUUGCCUGGUGUCCCAGUGUGCCAUUUUGCUAUUAGAAAUCGAGUAUUUCAAAAAGAGGCAAAAGCCUAUAUGCAGAGGAAGCUGGAUGUAGGGUGGAUCCACAAGUUGGUUGACUCAUAUUACAACCUUAUGUUCAAAUAUGGAAUGACCCUGAACGCAUCCCAGCAUUGGCAUUUGUGGCUCAGCGUUCAGGAAGGAAAAACCAGAGCGGACAACAUUUUUGAAUACAUUCCAACAGAAUUAAACAUUGGUUUUGGUAAUUUAGAAACAAUAUUUUCAAGUGCAAUAAACAAUCUGGGCAUGUUUUCAAACAAUAUUGAAGCUCAGUCUGUUUUCCCUCCAGUUCCUAACACUAAUAUAUUGACCUUGGCAUCAAAUACUGAAAAUCCCUUGAACAUGGGCAAUUUCCACAGCAUUCCAGUUCCUAAUUUAGCUAAUCUUUUCAACGGUGCAGACUUUGAAUGGUGUGGACCAGCAUUUAUGACUCAAGGUGGACGACCUUGCAAGCCAAAAACUACAUCCAUUCAGCGUCCAUCUGACUGUCCAUAUACUAAUGCUGUCCCGAGUUCUCUUUACUGGUUGAAACCAUUGAAAGGAAGUAUGAAGGGAUGUUGUGAUAUUAAUUUGUGUUAUUUGUCAAAAUCAGAAAUACUAGAAGCAAAAUCCGGGGAUGCUCAUUAUUACACACAAUGGACAUUUUGGUCCCAAUGUUCCAAAACCUGCGGUGGUGGACUGAAACGAAGACACCGAAACUGUAUGAGUUCAGAUAGUUCUCAAUGUUCCUUGUCUCUGGAGGAUGUAGUGAUUUGCAACUCACAACAGUGUCCAAUUUGGUCAGAAUGGUCACCGUGGGGACAAUGUAGCUCAACCUGUGUCGGCGGCACGCAAAAAGCAGAGAGGAUAUGCUUCCCAUCAGAAGAUUCUUGCAAAGGAAAUAAAGAAAAAGUAAGAUCAUGCAAUGAUGAUAUUAAAUGUGUGGAGAAAUUUGGCAACUGGGGUCUUGGUCGGACGAUUGCAAUCCUUGUGGAACUAUGACAUACCGCUCACGAGUAUGUAUCGUCCCUCCUUGCAACGUUGACGAUUUGGAGCAAAAUCGUGAAUGUAAUUACCAGUGCGGUUCAUGGGAAAACUGGGAAAGUUGGUCACGAUGUUCGUACGGCAGAAACUUCACAUGUAGAAAAAUACGAAGACGAAAAUGUAUUCUGAAUGGACGAAGCUUCAGAGUGGGAUGUAAAGCAGGAUCGGCGCUUGAGGAAGAACGUUGUUCUUCUUGUAAUAUAUUCGGGUUAUAAUUAUACGACAAAAUACAAAAGCAUAAGAAGUAUAUUAUAUUGUUCCUUUUUUCAACGAUGGCCGAAAAAUAAAAAAAUAAAUUUAAGGUGAUAAGAA